AUCCGUAGAGGGCGCGCAGCAACGGGAUUGGUCGGAGGGACCCGAAACCACCAAAGUGGCGUGGAGUCAAAAGGGAAAAAAGGAUGAAACUACGACUGCGGCCACUAACAAGUCUGUUCACCCAAGGUGCGAAAGGGAUAAGAGAAGAAACCCCCGUGAAAUCAGGACAGGUUUCCCAUCCCCCCUAAGACCAUCCAAACACCCUAAAGAGACAGCUGUAUAUAUCUUGCCAUCAUUACUCCUCUAUUCUUCCAGUCGGCAGCUGCCUACCCUUUUGCCGAAAGCCAACACACACAGUCACACCACACCCCAAGUCUGCAUCACCGAGGGUGAAGAAAACUGUUGAGAUCCAUCGAGUCAUCAUGCCAUUCAUCGAAAACCAGACCGCAACGGCAGAUCCCAUCGUCCCAGUGGACGUCAAGGGGAAAGAUGCCUUCCACAAGCUAGUAGACGACCUCAGUGCCGUCCUUGGACCGUCGUCGGGCCUCGACUCUGACGACGUAGACCCCAUGGACAUCCAGAAGUUGAUGGAGGGAUACGUAUCGAACCACGAGGAGUGGCAGCGAUAUGCGUUGGCAGAUGAGUCCAGAGCCUAUACCAGAAACCUCGUAGAUGAGGGCAACGGCAAGAGUAACUUGCUCAUCUUCGUCUGGAACCCUGGAAAGUCCAGUCCAAUCCACGAUCAUGCUAACGCUCAUUGUGUAAUGAAGAUCUUGCAUGGUUCGUUAAAGGAGCACAGAUAUGACUGGCCAGAGCAGGACAAAAUCAACAACGGCGAAGCCUGCCCCCUGACAGUCACCAAGGAGACCAUCCUUCGGGAGAACGAAGUGGCAUACAUGUCCGACAAGGUAAGUUCUACCUCUCUUUCUCUGUAUAUCCGACAGCGGAUGCUGGCUUGGUUGGCUAGGCUGACAUCAAACAUCCAGCUUGGCCUGCACAAGAUCUCAAACCCGGAUCCAAAUGACUUUGCCAUCUCUCUGCACUGUAAGUAGUAUGAGGACUAUGGUCCAAACGAGACCUACCUUUUUUUUUUUUUUUUUUUUUUUUUGGCUAGUACCUCUGUCUUGCUGACAUCUGGCACCCAGUGUAUACUCCUCCAAACGCAGCUCACUUUGGCUGUUCUCUGUUUGAUGAGAAGACAGGCAAGUCCCAUCACAUCAAGCAGUGUACCUUCUUCUCCAACAGGGGCUUGAAGCUGUAGAGAAGUCUUUGAAGCACGAUUAGUAGAUGAAGAUGAGGAUGAGCUUCCAUCUCUGCCUGAGUAUCAGCGUGGUUGAAGAGCCAAAGCUAUACCCUCAACCUCGCCCGGCAGCCCAUCCCAUCCAUCAUCCCAGGGCAGCCAUCCAACCCCCUUUCGAGUGUGCUGCUGCUGCUCUGUUACCUGCAUUUCAUAUCAUGACCCAACUCUCUUCCCCCAGCGUGAUGAUUGUGCUUUUAUUGUGCUUUUUUUCCUGUGCCUGUUCCCAUCUUGGGUGAUAUUCCCCCUGUGUUUUUCAGCUUGCUGUCCCUUUUCCACAGAGCAAGACUGGUGAUAGAAAGAAAGAAAGAAGAAGAAGAAGAAGAGAAGGUGAAGAUAGAGAUGGAGGAAGUCUCUUUUUUUUCUGUGCAAGCCAUGUCUCUGGCCGUCCGUCUUUUCUUAUAUGUGACCACCCCCAAGCCUCUGCCUGCCCUCUUGCUCCUCCACAAGCCCCCUUUAGUGAGUGCGAGUGGCGGACCCGCGCAAGCACGCCAUCCCAGCUGCUCCUGAUAGGCCUGUUUCAACGACACUAGACCUGCUUAGGCAAUCCAGUGCCGUUUUUAGCGACGGGCCUCCCCUUGUUUCCCUUGCCGCUUUUUCCUUUGCUGACUCAUCAUGUAUAUACCUCGUUCUCUUUUCUCUCUCUCUCUUCACCCUCUGCAUGUCUAAUAUUCCUAUUGUUAUUGCUAUUGCUAUUGCUGUCUAGCUAGUUAUAUGCAUAUAUAUAUCUCCUCUCAACUUCUCUCAACUUCUCUCGCUUCUUCGGCUUCUCUGUCUUUACCUUCUGUGUGUAGUGUAUACUUGAAGUCGACCUGUUUUGUCAGCUACGACUCUGUAAGCAUGACUUUUGGCUGAAGGAUUCGGCGUCUAACCUCCCGGCCGAUAAACAAAGAAAGUAACAUGGACGCUCUUGACUACUUACUUAGUACCUCGAAGGCAGCAAGACCGCAAGACCGCAAGAGCAGGCCUCGCUGAUAGCCCGGUGCAGAUAUACCCCGAUGAAACAGCGUCCUCGCAGCCAUGGAGACAAGUGUUUGUCGUUCCCGCUACUUUAAGAUGCAUAACAUUAUACCCCAGAGACACGCACUUCUCCUGCUGCUUAUACC